AUGGCGCAGUCAUCCCCCCCCGAUUUCAACAGCAUGAAAGUGGCAGACCUGCGGAAUCUGCUCGCAGAGAGGGGCCUCCCGACCACAGGAAAGAAGUCAGAGCUCAUAGAACGGCUGCAGGGGGGAGCUUCUGCUGCUGCUGCUGAUGCAAUACCCAACAGCAACGCCGCCAGCGCCCCGGUAGUUAUUAAGCCCGAUAUGACAGAAGAAGAAAAGCUCGCAGCUCGUAAAGCAAAGUUUGGUAAACCCUAA